CGCAGAUUCGACCCAACUCUCCGGUUUGAUAUCCGGUCUGCUCUGGUUUCCGCAGCGCAAAGCGCUGAAGCGUGAAAGCAGGAAGAAAUAAAGGGAGCGGAGAACGACCGUCUAAAGCCUCGGGAAGCGAUGGCGGCGUCUCUUCUCCGGCGAGCUUCGUCCCACCUCCUGCGUCUUCCUCGCCCUCUUCUGCCCUCCAUCUCUAUCGAGGAUCCCUUCCCUCAAGGCCCUCCCGCAGCGGCGCCUUCCCUUCCCCACUUCUCCUUCGGCGCCUCCAUGGAGCUCAUGGCCGUCCCCAAGAAAAAGGUUUCUCGUCAUAAGAAAGGAUUAAGGAAUGGACCAAAGGCUCUGAAACCUGUUCCGGUUAUUGUCCGAUGCAAGAGUUGUGGUCGAGUUAAGCUGCCUCAUUUCUAUUGCUGCAGCGGGGAUAGAGGGAGCAGUGGCCCUUCCAGUUUGUAAUCGAUUCUUGCAAUGAUUAAAAAUCAGCAUGCUAGAUGCAAUCUGCAAUUUUGACAUUAUGAAAGCUAUUAUUGGAUAUCUGUUUCCAUGUAGCCAAUAAGAUUAGAUGGAAGGCCUGACAUGGCACCAAUAGUCCUCUAUGAGAGCAGAUUUGUUUUGGGUCCAGAGAUGCUUCCAUUAGUCAUGUGGAUGUUCAUGUCCAAAUUUCUGAUUUUCCUUUUGAAAGGAAGAUGCUCCAUGUCCUUGAUAUGUUUCUUAUCACAGCACAUUUUGUCUAUCAAUUUCAUUUUCUGCUGUACUUG